AUGGAGUUCAAAAGCUUAAAAGAUAGCGUAAAAGAAAAAGUGCUUAACCGCGUACACGAAAUGGGAAAUGAAAUUGAAAGACAGUUUAAUGCACAAAUUGAGAAACCGAUAAAGAAUGUUGAUAUAGAACUGAAGAAGGUCAAAACAGAUUUGCAUGGUUGGAUCCAGAAAGCGGAGGGUGCCGUAAACGCAGUAAUAUGGAGGUGCGAUCAGGUAUUGGAAAAAGUUAAAGAAAAAAGUCCAGGUCCUAUGAAAACUCCAAUUGGAAUGGCAGCUGAGAAAUUGCAGUCUGAAGCACUUAGGCUGCGUGAUGCAGCGGAGCAAACUGUAUCGGCGGUUAAGGUAAAAGUUGAAAAUGCUGAGUUUCAGUUGAAAAUCUUGAAUAAUUCUCUCAAGAAAGAUCUCGCCAAUGUAAAAUGGGAAAUUAUGAAGAAAAUAACGGGCGUUAAGACGGCGAUUGGAUAUCUCCAUAACACUGUUACCGGCAACGUGGGACUAGUGGAUGUGAAGAACAAAAAAAUUGAGAAGGUGAUAGAACAUAUUAAGAAUGCUGUUGAGGGAAUAAAGGGGCAUGUUGGUGAUUCAAAAAAACCUGAAUACAACAACCCAAAGGAUGUAAGCAUAUAUUACAAUUGGGAUGAUAUCAGAGAAACCAUUGGCGACUAUGUCGCUAAGAUUAAAGGUGAAAAGGGCAAAGGUGCACUUCACAAUACCGAAGGUCUUACUCAAAUAGUUACUGGUAUAGGUGAGUAUGCAAAGGCCUUUGGCGCUUACCUGGAGAGUCAGGUUCAUAGUAAGUGGUUAAAUGAAAUCGUUGAAGAAAAAGACGGUGCGUUGAAUAAUCAGAUUUAUUCGUACGUUUACAGUAAAUCAGAAAUAUCUGGCGUCGGUCACAAUGAGAAAGCUGCAAAAGUUAAAAGAGCGAUUAAGAGUGCACUUCCAGGUGUUAUUAACGGACUAAUCGAACAAGUUGCUAUGGAGUCCGGUGUAAAAAGCGCGACAACGGAAGACAUCGCUAAUACAUACAAGACAUUUGUUGAAGAAAUUAAGAAUAAGAUUGCAGAUGACUCACUUGUUAAGGCGGCGGUGUUGUUAGUUGAGGGCGAGUUGGGAGUAGGAAACAGUAAUCCGGAUACUCCUACAUACAAUGCGUUGAAAUAUGUGCUCUACACAAUCCUUAAGUCAUUGGAAAACAGCAUUCAACGAAUUGCUUCCGAGAUUAACAAAUUUGCCGAUGACGCUAAAAUAGCCACCCUUAAUACGAUUAUAGCAAACGUUGACAGAAUCAGAGAGCAAGUUGACAACAGACGUAAACUCGACUACGAAAAAUACCUCGGCCAUAAAAUCGACACGGCGUUGAAAGCAGCUCACGAAAAAAUUAAAACGCUGCAUGAUAAUCUUGGUGUGGCGCUUGACCCAGGUUCUACCGAUGACAACCCUAGUAACGCUAAAUUAGUCGAUCAAGCAAUUGACUGCAUGAAGGAGACGCUUGAUACACAACUGCCGUGGUAUGCAAGCAGUCAUGUUGAUACAGGAUUCCCACUUCUGCAGAAUGGUGAAGUUUCCCUUCAGACAUUGACGACAUACGAAAAUGCUAAAGACGGCACAGGCGUAAGGAAGACGCUAGAGACAGCAAUCAAGGAUAUUGAAGACAAAGGGCUGAGAAAACUGGAACUCAUCGGUCGAAACCCAAGUCCUGGAGUUAAUAUGAUUGACGAGCAAACCUUCACGUCUCAGGUCACCAUUGUCAAAGAACAACUAGCAGUGCUUGCUGGGUUGGUUAAGAGAGGCGAGGGAACAAAACCAGCAGGAAACGACGAAAAUGGUAUGCAAGAUUACUUGCAAGAUUUAAAAGAGCUGUUUGGAGAUCGUGAACACAAACUCACUACAACAGGUUUCAAAGGUUCGACUGUGAAAGGCCUCGAAAAAAUUUGGAAGCACGCUCUCACUAUACUUGGUAAUGAUGCGAAUGACAGCAAGCCUAACACAUUGUCCACGAUAAUUCAUAAAGCUACCAAUUUCUACACGUCUGUCAUCGCUCCCGCAGCUACCGAAACCAUCAACGGAAUCAAGGUUUUCAUCGAAGAGCAAGUUGCCGCAAAAAUUAAUAGUAUUCAAGAAACAGCCAGAACUGUAUAUUAUCUGAAAAUUACCGACAUGUUUCAUACGAUGCGGAAUAGAGUUACUACCAACAUAAAUACAAUUAAUGAAAAAAUUGCUGAAAACUUGUCCACCGGCGUAAAGGGAUUAUUUAAAAAUAUGCAUACGCACAAAACCAUCAUAGAUACUGUCGCCAGUAAAUCUGAUUUUGUCCCCGCCUCCAUCCAGUUUUGCCCCUUCCUCACCAAACUCAUCGACUACGUGAAUGGCGAUGUUAAGAAAAUCGACGAAAAUUUCGGCCGUAUCAGCAAUCUCAACAUUCAUGUCAAAAACCUCUUCCUCGGACUAUCAGAAUUCAAACAUUUUAACAACGAAGUCUCCCUCCGCCUCUCCACCCUCUCCUCCGCUACCUCCGCCCUCGACCCCCAAGCGCUCCCGGACGCAGGACGGCCCGUGCUCAGGGCGCUGCAGCAGGGGAUGAUGGGAUUCGUCGGAGAGCUGGGGAAGGGGUAUGUGAAUAGGUAUGAUGGAGGUGAAAGUAUUAAAGAGUGGGUUAAAAGAGACGGUGAAAAAGAUGUUUUGACGCCUGAAGGAAAAAAUGGCGCUAAGGUGUUUUUGACGCUGCUGGAGAUACUGGGUCAUGACCUAACGAUGCUGAGGAAUGAAUGCAAGCUAAAUUGGAAAAAACAGAAAGUAUGUCUUAAGAAAUCGAACGGAAACCGCUAUGAACUUGGUCGCUUCCUCAAAGAUUGCGGUUACGGAGUGCCAAGCCAGGAAGGCAAGCAGGACGAUGAGUUGAAGUGGAAAGAUGAGUGGACCAGUGAGAAAAUUGUUAGCAGACUGGAAACGGUUAUUAAAGCGGCCGAGACAGUUACACAUCUUCAAAAGUGUGAGACAAAUCUGAAUGAACAUCGUACACCAAAGAAGACAAAUAACAUUGACAUCUUCGACAUCAUUGAAUGUAUCAUGUCUCACCUUAAAGAGUACUACCGCGUUGGACACCUAGCCACAUUAAACGCGAAGAAACAUCCGUUAUCUAUUUACGACAUGUUGCAAUGGCUCACCGGCAUUCCGAAUAAUCCCGUGUAUGUAGAUUUGUCUGCCGACGGUUUCGAUAGCCUGUUCGAUAAGCCUAAAGCGGACUCCACAGACACCGAAGACGGUGAUAUCACUGUUGAUCCCAACGUCGAAUCGUUGAAUACUUACAAGGAAACAAUCACUCCAGUGUUACUAUCAGGUGUAUUAACAGAGGUAUGCGCACAAUCGCAUUCGGUGCUCACCGCCGUGCUAGGUCACGGCCACGCGGGAGGUCGUUACGCCUGUGAGUUCAACACAAAUACUGACGGCUUUAUGUACCCAAGUGACAUGAACGCGCUAAUCUGUAUGAUGUUCGAAAUUGCAAAGCGCCUUCACCACCAGCUCUAUUUCUUGUAUCGGCAGUGUCAUGAUGGCACUGACCUCAGCGGUUGGUCCGACUGUUGGUAUGGUAAUUCAAUUGCCGGAUCAUCUUGGAAGUGUAACACCAUCCAAUGUCCAAACCAAACGUCCAACCAAAUGGAGAACCAAAAGCACAACCAAAGUUGUGACCAAAAGUGUAACCAAACAGCUAACUGCGGACUCAAAUCUCCUCUUCAAUCUUACUUGGAAGAUGGUCUUCACGGCUUCUUGCCUCAUCAACUCAAAGUUGAAAGGGGGCAACUUGUAUGUUCAGUGAAGCACUCUAAUAUGCCUUGUAAGACUCCCAUGGGAUUUGCCGAUAUUAGUUACAUGGCAUCGCAUAGGCAGCAGGGUAAGCAUCUAAAGGAAGUGCUAUUUGACUUCUGCAGCGAGGAAUGGUCUGCUCUAAGUAGGCUUUGCGGUAUUCUCAACUGUUUGCUGCCCAGCGCCCCCAAAACGCUGCAAGACAUGUUUGGGUUCUACAAUACGUUCCUCAGUGGAUGGAGUAAGACUGUGGAGCGUGAGUUCAACAAAGCGGCAAGUGAGGCAAACUUCAAUCGCGAUAAUGCAUCGUUGGAGAUCCGACCAAUAUUCAGCAGCAGCGAUCAUGGUGAAUCAAACAACAUGCCGCAUCUUAAAGGUGAUCUUUAUUCUCUCGUUAACUGUAAGUAUAGUACCAAUGCUCACCCAGCGUAUCCAUGCGGCCCGUAUUUGCGGCCAAUGUGCUACUAUAGCUGCGGCAUCUUCGCGGCGAAGCACAAUGACAAAUAUCUCUCUUGGAUUGUAUACUUGACAGAGACAUUCCACAAUCUGUUAGAGCAGUUGUACAACGAUUGUUGUAAAAAUUGCGGGUCCUCAACAUCCAAGUGCCGUGUUAGCAAAUGUGCCGAUGGUUGCGGAGCGAAGGCCAAGCCAGACAAUCUAGUCGCCACCCACAAGGAGACGUGUAAUUCAAUUGUACACUGCAAAUUAAUGCGGCCGACCUUAUUCAGAUACGGUUUCGUAUAUAGAAACAUACGCAGCUUGAGUGGCGUUGAUACAGUACAAGCUAAACGCACAUGUAAAGAUUUCUGUGACGCGUUAGAAAAGGUUAUUAACAAGCAAGAAAAAUUACACCGUGCGCUAGCCGAAUUAGUAUAUCGCACAAUUCCUAAUUACCUGUUCCAGAUCCGCUUCCCCUUCAUGACCUUAACCCUUUCCCUCUGGCUCCUCUCUUUGCUGUACCUCCUCCACAUCAUGGUCAUCCGCCUCGACCUGCUCCACAUCAAAUCGCAUUUGCAUAGUCCGUCGAGUCAUCGCAUAGCUGCUCAAUCACUGCUCGCUGCUGCACGUGUUAACAAGCUUAACAGAGUGUUUUACCUGCAACCAUAA